GGCUAAAAAUCGAUACCAUCCACAGUCGCCUAUCGAACAGCUGAUAGUGAAAUCAGUUUCGGUAGCUAACUGGAAACGAAACAAUGCAGAAAAUAUAUUUGUGAUUCACACACCAAAAAGACACAUUUGAUAGAAACUUCCACUGAAUGCGCGGCCAGGACUCGACUGGAAACUAGCCAGCCCCACCAUGGACAUGGCCAGGAGCAUCUUUGGCCGCGACCACGAGGGUUACGUGGGCCGUGAAGAGCAUACGCGCAAACUGCAGAACCUGGGCUCGGAAGACGAUCUGGGAGAGCUGCCGCCCAUGAUGGAGGAACUGAGUGUGGCCGAUGGCCUGCGGCCAAAUCCCGGCGGUCCAUUCUCCGCUCUUACAGCCUCCAUGUGGCCCCAAGAAAUCCUGGCCAAGCUAGGUGGUGGCGCAGAAUUGGCUUCCGGCCCAAACGAUCAGCCGGAGUACCGCUUUGACGAAUUUGGAUUCCGGGUGGAGGAGGAGGACGGUCCGGAGCAGAGCUCCAACAAAUUGCUCAGCAUACCCUUUGUGGAGGACGCGCAGCAGCGGCUGCAGUGGAUUGCCCAUCUGGAAUUCUCCCACAACAAGGAGGCAACCGAGCUGACCUGGGAGCAUGUGGAUGUGAUGCUCCCACGUACAGAAAAGUUGCGCAAUAUGGUCCGUCAGGGUAUUCCCCACACGUUGCGCGCCCAGAUGUGGAUGCGUCUGUCAGGAGCGCUGGCCAAGAAGCAAAAGAGCGAGACCAGCUACCACGAUAUCGUAAAAGCUUCUAGCAAUGACCAGCUGAUGACUUCUAAACAGAUAGAAAAGGACCUACUGCGUAUCCUGCCAACGAAUGCCUGCUUUAGCAAUCCGAACGGGACGGGCAUUCCCCGACUACGCCGCAUUCUGAGGGGCAUCGCGUGGCUAUUUCCUGACAUUGGCUACUGUCAGGGCACCGGAGUGAUCGUCGCCUGUCUGCUUCUCUUUAUGGAGGAGGAGAACGCCUUCUGGAUGAUGGCCACUAUUGUGGAGGACCUGCUGCCAGCAUCCUACUACAGCUCAACUCUUCUGGGAAUUCAAGCAGAUCAGCGCGUUAUGCACACGCUCAUUGCCAACUACCUGAGCAGCGUGGACGAGUCCUUGCGUAAGCACGACAUCGAGCUGUCUUUAAUCACGCUGCAUUGGUUUCUCACGCUGUUCGCUAACGUGGUGCAUAUGAAGAUUCUGGUGCGUAUCUGGGACUGGUUCUUUUACGAGGGCUCGAUCGUGCUGUUCCAGUUGACUCUGGGCAUGCUCAAGGUGAAGGAGCAAGAUCUGAAGCACCUCGAGAACUCCGCACAGAUUUUCAAUUCACUUUCCGACAUUCCCGGCGAAGUCACUGACGUCGAAGUGCUCUUUCGCCAAGCCCUAGAGGUAGGCGGAUCGCUUAGCCAGACGGUAAUCGACACCCAUCGUCGUCGCCACCUGGCCUAUCUCAUGGCGGAUCAAGGACAUCAGAUAGGAAACCCCGAGGCUGCGCCUAAUCUUCCCAAACAACAGCUGGCCCGACGACAGGUGCGCAAAAGCAAAUCCAUCCUGGAAGCCUUUCUCUUCCGCGGCGACGGAAACGAAGGGGAUCAGCUGAAGAACAAGAACAUACGCCAGACGGAGAUCCUGGUAGACUUAAGAGAGGCUAUUCUUAAAGUGGGUCGUCAUUUCAUUACCAUUGAACCCAAGCUUGCCGGUCACAUCCAGCUGACUGCCAACUACAGCACCGAGUCGCAUGCCAAGGACCACGAAAACUUCAUCAAUGUGGCAAGGACGCGAAAGCGAAGGGCUAAAGCCUUGCACGACUUUGAACGGCACGACGACGAUGAAUUGGGAUUUCGGCGGAACGACAUCAUUACAAUCAUCAGCCAAAAAGACGAACACUGCUGGGUGGGAGAACUGAACGGUCUGCGCGGCUGGUUUCCAGCCAAGUUCGUUGAGCUACUAGACGAGCGGAGCAAGUUGUACACAUCAGCCGGAGAUGAUGCCAUUUCGGAAACUGUAACGGACCUGGUGCGGGGCACCUUGGCGCCGGCCAUCAAGGCCUUUCUGGAGCACGGCAUGAAACGGCCGACCUUUCUGGGUGGACCGAUACAUCCUUGGCUGUAUAUUGAGGAGGCUGCCACCCGGGAGGUGGAGAAGGACUUUGAGUCGGUGUACAGCCGUCUUGUGCUCUGCAAAACGUAUCGACUGGAUGAGGAUGGCAAGGUACUGACGCCCGAGGAACUACUCUACCGCUGCGUUCAAGCCAUCAACCAGACGCACGAUGAUGCCCACGCUCAAAUGGAUGUUAAGUUGCGCUCGCUAAUCUGUUUGGGCCUCAACGAACAGGUUCUUCACCUCUGGCUGGAGGUGCUGUGCGCCUGCCAGGAGGUCGUACAGAAGUGGUACCACUCCUGGAGCUUCAUUGACUCACCCGGCUGGGUGCAGAUCAAGUGCGAGCUUCGUAUUCUCUCGCAGUUUGCCUUCAAUCUGAACCCCGACUGGGAACUGCCUCCAAAGCGAGGCAAGGAGUCGCAACCGCUCAAGGACGGAGUAAGGGACAUGCUGGUGAAGCACCAUCUCUUCUCGUGGGAUCUGUGAGGCUUGCUGCCGCCUUGUAAAGAGUUCAAUCGUUGGCAAUCAACUCCGUAUCCAAUAUCUCAUUGCCCCCUUCUCCUCUCUAUCAUUUCUAAGUGCAAUCGCAAUUCUUUGAAUGGAAGCCUUCGCUUUUUAAGUACUUCUUUGUUGUCGUACACCUAACUUAAGUGCUUUAUCAUAAUGAUCUGUAGCUGUAACUAUACCUUUUAAUCGCCCUAUGUAUAGCUCGAGCCGUUUGUUUACUUAAUGUCCAUCCAUUAUUAUACAUCCUAGACCACACCAAUCUACUAAAUUACAAAUGUAACGUACCUUUAAUUGAAAUCAAACCUUAUAAAGUACAUACAUAUUUAUUACUAUAUACACAUAGAUGUUUAACUGUCUAAAUGCAUUUCAUUAAAGAUUAAUAUAUAUAUA